AGUUGCCUGGAGCGCGUUACUAAGGAGACAGUCGUGGCGGCAGGAGCAGGAGCAACAGGGACACUGAUGGUGGCGGGCAAUUGAGAGAAUGGAUUAAGAAAGUACCAUUGUGUCUUGCAUCACAAGUCUAAGAUGACUACCUCCCAGUGAACCCAGCCACACUGGAACAAGGAACAUGGCAGAGUGAAGGGACGAGCAUUGUGAAGGGAAGAGCUUGGUCGCUUUUUCACAGCACAAGCGAAAAGGCAGGAAGGUUACCAUGGUAACUGUCAUCACGGAGCAGCUACAGAAACAGAGUUUGGACGACCUGGCUUGUAAGGUCUUUAAUAUUAACCUGCCCCUGCCUGAGAAUACAAACAAAGGUGGUUGCUGGAAUCCGUACCGGUUCAUACCAGAAGAAAGGAAGUGGAAUGUAUUUGACACUUCAAAUGCUGAAUUACCAGUGAAUAUGGGGUUCCCUUCACUCACAAGCUACAACCUAAACAGCAUCAACUCCUCCAGUCAGAACAAAUCCUUGUGGACAGGUCAGGCAACAAGUACAUGGAUGGGUCAUGUGACGAGCACGUCGGUGGGGAAUUUAAGUGACUUGCAGUUCUCUGAGAGCUUUGCCUCACUGCCAGAUCCACCCACCAAAAGGCACUGUCGAUCACUCUCUGUGCCAGAAGAUCUGUCACGUUGCAGGUCUCUGUGGAAGCCAGUGGGCUCCAAGGUGUGGACUCCUGUUAAACGGCGCUGCAACAGUGGUGGUAAUGCAAGUGCACAGCUCGGUAACUCGACUCAGCGCCCCACCAGCCUUGGCCUCCAGCAGCUGCCCAACUCCGGCCAUUAUUCAAACACCAGCAGCUUCACAUUUUCCAGUCUCACGACAUCUCCCGAAUCCCCAUUGCCAUGGAUGCUGUCGCCAAACAACCAUUCCACAGAUAUUGGUGAGAGAACUUUUUUGGGCGUGCAGUGCAUUUUGCCUGAGCAAUGCACGUUCAUUCCUCAAAGGCGCUUCUCGCUCUCACCGGUGCACAUUCGGGAGGCAGCAAGAUGUCUGCUGUCAGCCAAAAGCACACCCUCCUCCACUCCAGAGAUGAACCGACGGCAGCAGGGCCUGUUACGGAGUCAUUCCCAGCCCUGCGACUUAAAUGAACGCAAGUGUGGUGUAAAACGGAGGCAUGAUGAGGAUGUCCGAUGGACAAGGCCUACCUUGGACUUCUUCAAAAUGAGUCAGAGGAGAAAUCUCAGCAGUCCUGCUUGCCUUGAGCUGGAGGAGAGGAAACCCUCAAAGGACCAGUCUCCCGUCCCCACUCCGGACACCGCAGCCUUCAAACUGGACUCGUCGCAUAACUGCCCGGCAAGAAGCUGCCGGAUUGAAACACUGAGUGAAAGUGACGAAGAGGAGGAUCCCAAGAAUUAUUGUGACAGCACGGAAGCCAUUCCAUUCCAACGUACCUGUGAGGAUCUGGAUUUGGAAAUGAUUGAGGAAAACUGAGCCAACUCAGUUAAGCAAAUAUCAGGACAAUUUUUUUUUAAACCCCAUCGGAUUACGCCUUAAAAUGCAUCCCAUGUGCACAAAGUACAAGGGACACAAACUGUUAUCCCUACCAGAUUCCGUCUUUACACUACUUUCCCAGUUGCACAAUUUUGUGGGGGCGGCAUUUGUGCUGUGAGCGCCCUUACCCAGGACAGAGGGGUGAAGAGUUUAAAUCUUGGCAGACAGAUUGUGUCAUUUCUUUUGCUCUCCGUUCUCCCUCCUGCUUGUCAAAUGUUGAACUGUCUAGACUUCACUACACUCCGUAACUUGCUAAAGCCCAUGUACAUAUUGUGCAUCAGCAGUAAAUGCCGUAUGGCGUUUUCCUGGAACCAGUUGGGGGUGACAACCAAAUGGUGCCUUCAGAAAUGAAUGAGUCAGAGAGGGACCGAUGAGCAGAAGCAAAGGGCCCUUGACCUUCACAGACAAUAUUGUAGUUUUCAGGGGCCCUGAAAUUGAGACCCCUGUCUCCAACUUCACGUUCUUUACAACUCAAUGAGGCUAUGAUUAUUAAUAGGUUAGUUGGCUUCUCUUCCUUUCCUUUCUUCUCUCUUCCCCCAACAACCCCCCCGCACCACCACCACCAACCCCACCCCCCCCACCCCCCCAGCAGAAGGUGGAAGUGAAAAACGGAAUAAAAAGCAGAAUGCUAUAUCUGAGUAGAUUUGGCCAUUUACUGACUUUUGAAGGGUUUUAGUGCUUCCCAGCUGCACAAGACAGGAGUUGUGGUUUUAUUUAAUGUACUUGGCUGAGAAAAUCUGCCAAGGUAAAAUAAUCAUCCUGUGUACAGCGGCCUAGAUCUCAGCUCAGCAAAGGAAAGCAUGGGGGUGGAGGAGAGGGAGAAGCAAGUUGGACAAGAGCAGCCAAUUGAGUUCACAGAUGGUCUGGAAGAUGUAUAGUGAUUGUGUGAGACGGUAUCUGUUUUGUUAUCUUGUGUAGACUGUACUUGAAGAGACUCUAUAUUUUUGUUGUAUUUUAGCCCUUGCACCAAAUUUCUGAACCAAGAUCAAAGAUUCGCAACUUCCUGCCAAUUUCCUUGGUCCUCUUGAAGAGUUCCUAGUGUUUCUAAUAAAUUUAAUCAAAGAUUGUGAUAAUAUAACGACCACCUGCUCUCUUUAUUCAUUGCCUUAUAAAUAAAAGAGAAACACUUUUUUUCGAAUACUUUGCGUACUUGUGUUUUAAAUUUGACCUCGGUGGAUUGAACCUGUCGAGCAACAUUGUGGCUAAGCAGCUGAGAAUCCAGACCGUGUUCAGUUCUCAUGAUGUAUUGGGUUAGCCAGGCAGUAGCAGGGGCAAUGCAAUUGGCUUCGGUGUCAAUAGUCGGUGGGGUGGGGGGUGAUGAAAUUGCUCUGUCCCAGUGCCUUGAAUGAAACUGUAAGGUGAGGACCGGAUUAGACUCUGUUGGAAUUGAUCUAUGAUCAAAUAUUCUGCAGACACUCCUUGCAAGAUAUGUACAUGAAUAAAAACGACUUGGGCAGAGGAGAACCCCACCACAGCUCAGCCCAGCCUUCAGGGGAGAAAUUGUGGGGCGGGUGGGUGAGAGUGCGUGGGGGAUGGUGGGGAGAGAGAUGAGCUCACAACAUCAGCAACAGAAAGCAGCUGCCUCUCUUCACAGCUUGCUGAGUAAUUAGUUUGGCCUGCCUUGACCCCAUUUUAGUGUUCCAUAAAUAUCCCUGUGGCCCAGUACACAAUGAGCCUGUUGCAUCUCACUAGGUAUGACUGUUAAUGGGGAGGUUACGCUGCAGCAAUUAAACAGUCAAACAUUUUCCAGAGGUUUUCCUUCUUGUAUUUGCUCAAGUUUUGCUGACCAUCUGAGGUUCGGCUACUUGAAGCAGUUUCUGGUGUGGUGGCACCACAAUGAAAGGUUUUAAUGAUGCUCAGUUCAAAUGUUACCACUGUGUCCAAUAGAACCAACAACAAAAAAAAUCGAUAUUUUCAAUGGGACUGUCUGGGAAAACAGCUGUCAUCACUUUGCAAUAAUUGGUCGGUUUUCCAGAAAUUUUAAUAGCCUGAAUGUGGCUUUGAACAUCCUUGGUUCCACUUGUGCUUUCUCGACUGGACUGAGACUUCCUGCCCUCUCCUCUCACCAGGCUGCUGACUCACGAUGGCAUAUGGCAAAACGUACCCUGUUUGCUGUACACAGGUGUCCAGUCGCACAAACUUGGACCCGAAUGUGGGUGAGCUAAUCGACUGUCGGAGGCUGUAGGAGCCAAACCUAGUGUUCCCUGUGCGCCCACAAAUGUUUCUAGAAGGAGUCAUUUGAUAGAAAUAGUAUGUGGAGACCCUGUGUGGCAAAGGAGGGGCUUUUACUCUUUUCCCUUCUAAGCAAUAAAGUUUAUUCUAUCUGA